GCUGGGAGUGGGCGGUGCUCAGACCCGGGACGGAAAGCAGCGAGGUCCAAUCCAUCGGCGACGGAAGCAGCCGAAGCGCUUCCGGAAAGUGCCGAAGCUCUUCCGGAAGGAGCCGAGCGGGCCGGCCGUUGCCGACGCACCCGCAGCGGCAGUAGCCUGGGCGGCCCCGCUCCGCUUCCUCCCCGGGCCCGGCAGCAGCGAGCGACUGACCCGGCCCAGCGCCGGGACCCCGCACAGGCCGCGCCGAGCCCCGCCCCCCGGGCCCGCCCGGCCCGGUUCGGUUCGGCUCCCGGCCCGGCCGCCCGGCAGGAUGAUCAAGCUGUUCUCGCUGAAGCAGCAGAAGAAGGAGGAGGAAUCGGCCGGAGGCACCAAGGGCAGCAGCAAGAAGGCGUCGGCCGCGCAGCUCCGCAUCCAGAAAGAUAUUAACGAACUGAAUUUGCCGAAAACAUGCGAAAUAGAUUUCUCCGACCAGGACGACCUCCUCAACUUCAAGCUAGUUAUCUGCCCUGACGAGGGUUUCUAUAAAGGGGGGAAGUUUGUCUUCAGUUUUAAGGUAGGCCAAGGCUACCCUCAUGACCCUCCCAAGGUGAAGUGUGAGACCAUGGUGUACCACCCCAACAUAGACCUAGAGGGCAACGUCUGCCUAAAUAUCCUCAGAGAGGACUGGAAACCUGUACUAACAAUAAACUCUAUAAUUUAUGGUCUGCAGUACCUCUUCUUGGAGCCAAACCCCGAAGACCCCCUGAACAAAGAGGCUGCCGAGGUCCUUCAGAACAACAGACGCCUGUUUGAGCAGAACGUGCAGCGCUCCAUGCGGGGCGGCUACAUCGGUUCCACCUACUUCGAGCGUUGCCUCAAAUAGAACUGACCAGCUGCCCCCACCCCUCCCACGAGGGACUCUGCCAACACCGCUGCCUUCAGCCACCGGGGGGCACAGGAGCCUGGCACUGGCAGGGCCCCCCUCGCUGCUCACGGCCUCUGCCCCAGCAGCCUUUCCCCCCCACUCCUGCCCCCUGGCUGGAGGGGAGGUGGCUGCUGAGGGAUGGGGCAGGGCUUACAUUGGAAUCCCCUGCCCCACCCACGCAGCCCCCUCUUCCCUAUUGGUCGCUCUCCUGCUGGUUUCCCAGCAUGCUCAGACCCCGAGCAGAGCGCCCCCUAGACAUGGCCAGCGUGAGCGCACUGGCUCCUCCCCCUGGCUUUGCAGAGCGUAUCUAUUUAUUAGGCAGGGGGCUGCAGCAGGGGUGUAGGGCAGGCCAGAGGUGCAUGCAGUCCUGCCGUGGGGGGCCGGGCCAGCCCUCCCCUUUUACAUCCCUCGUGUGUCUGGUUUUUAAAAACACAGCACCCCACUUACAGCAAAGCGAAGGCUGAUUAUUCAAUGGGACCGGGCUGGAGGUGGGGCCUGGGCUGAUUGAACCCUGCCCCCUUCUGCCCCAGGCCUCACCCCCCAAUGAACUGGUUCUUUGCCACGCUGGGGCCUCCUGCCAGCCCCGGGGCCAUGAAUCCACUGUACUCUAGUGUGUCGGGUUAUUAAAGGGGAAUGUUAGCGCACCUCA